AUGGCGCCUCCGAAGCGCAGAAGGAGCGCGCGCCUCGCGGUCGACGACGACGACAGAUCCACCGACGACAGAUCCACCGACGACCUGCGGCGGGAGAACGCCGACCUGCGGCGGGAGAUCGCCGCGCUCGAGGAGGAGCUUCGAUCGCUGCGCGAAGCCGCGCGCUCGCCGUCAAUCCUGGAGCGAUUCGUCGAGGAAGCGCCCGACGUCUUCGCCGCGCAUGUGCUCCCGCGGUUCGACAACUACGGCGAUCUCGCGGUGCUCGCGAUGGUGAACCGUCAGAUGCGCGGCGUCGUCUUCGAAUUGCCCGUCGGCGACGUGAGGUGGACGGGCGCGGCGGUGAGCAGAGAGCUCGCGAAGGUGCGAAACUUCGUCGGGUCGAUCCGCAGGCUCGCGUGGGCGUGGGAGCGAGGGUGUCCGUGGAACGCGAAGACGUUCGCGUGCAUCGCGAAGGGUGGAAACUUGGAGGUCGCGAAGUGGGCGAAGGAACGAGGAUGCCAGUGGGACGAGAGGACUUGCGCCGAAGCCGCGGGUGAAGGCCACCUGGAGGUGUUGCAAUGGUUGCGAGCGAACGGCUGCCCGUGGAACGAGUGGACUUGCUUCCAUGCCGCUAUGGGUGGCCACUUCGAGGUGCUGAAGUGGGCGCGAGCGAAUGGCGCUCUGUGGGACGAGAACACUUGCUCCUCAGCCGCGUGGAGUGGCGAUUUGCAGAUCCUGCAGUGGGCGCGAGCGAACGGCUGUCCGUGGGACGGGGAGACUUGCUCCGAGGCCGCGAUUCACGGCCACCUCGAGUUGCUGCAGUGGGCGCGGGCGAACGGAUGUCCGUGGGACGAGUCGACUUGCUCCCGCGCAGCGGAAGGCGAAGAGCUGGAGGUGUUGAAGUGGGCGCGAGCGAACGGAUGUCCGUGGGACACGAAGACUUGCGCCGAGGCGGCGUGUGGUGGGCAACUCGAGAUGCUGCAGUGGGCGCGAGCGAACGGCGCUCCGUGGGACGAGGAGACUUGCUCCAAAGCAGCGGAAGGCGAAGAUCUGGAGGUGUUGAAGUGGGCGAGAGAGAACGGAUGUCCGUGGGACACGAAGACUUGCGCCGAGGCGGCGACUGGUGGGCAACUCGAGAUGCUGCAGUGGGCGCGAGCGAACGGCGCUCCGUGGGACGAGGAGACUUGCUCCAAAGCAGCGGAAGGCAACGAGCUGGAGGUGUUGCAGUGGGCGAGAGCGAACGGAUGUCCGUGGGACAAGGAGACUUGCAAGAAGGCCGAGGAAGGCGGUCACCUGGAGGUGCUGCGGUGGGCGGGCGAGAACGGCGCUCCGUGA